AUGCAGCAACAGCCGCCGACGCAACCACGGCAUCACCCACCACAACAUAUAAUACCGCAACAACUGCAACAGCAACAACAGACAGACUCGAGAUACCACAACGACACCCUCUCUGCUACCGCUAGGAUGGCUGGAGGCGAUCCGCGCAACAGAGCCCCGCUCCCAGUGCCCGGAGGUCAUGGGCCAUUUCCUCAGAAUGAAAACGGUGGUAUGCGUCCACCGUUUGAUAUGGCUCGCAGCCCGCCAAAUCCGCCCGCCAGCAAGAAUACUAAACACGUCCCAUGCAAGUUCUUCCGCCAGGGAACUUGCCAGGCCGGCCCGGCGUGUCCGUUCCUGCAUUCCACAGACAAUACCAUAGAUUCUGCGCCGUGCAAGUACUUUACAAAGGGAAACUGCAAGUUCGGAGCGAAGUGUGCCCUCGCGCAUAUCCUACCAGAUGGGCGAAGAGUGAACCGGCCCAGCAUCGGCCUAGGAGGGAACCUCAAUCUCGGUGGGAGAGUCCACCCUCCGCCUUACCAUGCACAAGAUUCGGCUUUAGCAAACUCUCUCCUCUCUCAGCAGCAGAUCAACGGACAUAACCCACGAUACUCAUACCCCUUUGCCUCCCAAGAUGACCUUCAACUCUUACCCCCACAUGCUCAGCAACAACUUCAACAACAACAGCAACAGCAACAGCAGCAGCCACAGCAACCUCCAUAUGGACACCAGUUCGAUGGCUCGAUCCCGGUUAUUGACGCUGGGCUGCCAAGGUAUAUCUCACAUGGCCCGCUACGGCCCUGUUGCGGCUUCGAUGCCGUCCAAGUUCGGCCUAGACUUCUCUCAUUCCCCAUCUCUCCCACACCGGCCCAACGCUACUCCGGACGUGCUCCGUAG